AUGGAAGCUUCCUGCAUCCCUGACCUGGUUCCCUCGUUCACCAGCAAGCGCUCCGGGGCCUGGACGGAAGGACCGAGCUCCACGGGAUGGAAGGCAGAGACCCGCUCACUCCCCCCUGUCUGUCUCCGCAGGCCCUUCCCCUCGGAGGAGACGGCGGAGAAUGAUGAGGACGUGUACCGCAGCCUGGAGGAGCUGGCAGAUGAGCAUGGCGUGGGAGAGGACAUCUAUGACUGCGUCCCGUGCGAGGAUGACGGGGACGACAUCUACGAGGACAUCAUCAAGGUGGAGGUGCAACAGCCCAUGAAAAUGGGCAUGACGGAGGAUGACAAGAGGAACUGCUGCCUGUUGGAGAUCCAGGAGACGGAGGCCAAGUACUGCCGGACGCUGGAGGACAUCGAGACGAACUACGUGACACCCCUGAGGCUGGUCCUCAGCCCGGCGGACAUGGCGGCCAUCUUCAUCAAUCUGGAGGACCUGAUUAAGGUGCAUCACAGCUUCCUGAGGGCCAUCGAUGUGUCCAUGAUGGCAGGCGGCAGCUCGCUGGCCAAGGUCUUCCUGGACUUCAAGGAGAGGCUCCUGAUCUACGGGGAGUACUGCAGUCACAUGGAGCACGCCCAGAACACACUGAACCAGCUGCUGGCAAGCAGGGAGGACUUCAGACAGAAAGUCGAGGAAUGCACCCUGAAGGUCCAAGACGGGAAGUUCAAGCUGCAGGACCUGCUGGUGGUGCCCAUGCAGAGGGUGCUCAAAUACCACCUGCUCCUCAAGGAACUUCUGAGCCAUUCCACCGACCGGCCGGAGAGGCAGCAGCUCAAAGAAGCGCUGGAGGCCAUGCAGGACUUGGCCAUGUACAUAAAUGAAGUUAAACGGGACAAAGAGACCCUGAAGAAAAUCAGUGAAUUUCAGAGCUCUAUAGAAAACUUGCAAGUGAAACUGGAGGAAUUUGGGAGACCGAAGAUCGACGGGGAGCUGAAGGUCCGGUCCAUAGUCAACCACACCAAGCAAGACAGGUACCUGUUCCUGUUUGACAAGGUGGUCAUCGUCUGCAAGCGGAGGGGCUACAGCUACGAGCUGAAGGAGAUCAUAGAGCUGCUCUUCCACAAGAUGACCGACGACCCCAUGAACAACAAGGACGUCAAGAAGUGGUCCUACGGCUUCUAUCUCAUUCACUUGCAAGGCAAGCAGGGCUUCCAGUUUUUCUGCAAGACAGAGGACAUGAAGAGGAAAUGGAUGGAGCAGUUUGAGAUGGCCAUGUCAAACAUCAAGCCCGACAAGGCCAACGCCAACCACCAUAGCUUCCAGAUGUACACGUUCGACAAGACCACCAACUGCAAGGCCUGCCGCAUGUUCCUCAGGGGUACUUUCUACCAGGGUUACCUCUGCACCAAGUGUGGCGUCGGGGCGCACAAGGAGUGUCUGGAAGUGACCCCUCCCUGCAAGAUCAGUUCUCCUGCAGACCCGGACGCCUCUGGAGCAGGGCCAGGUCCCAAGAUGGUGGCCGUGCAGAAUUACCAUGGCAACCCCGCUCCACCCGGGAAGCCGGUGCUGACCUUCCAGACGGGCGAUGUGAUCGAGCUGCUGAGAGGCGACCCCGAGUCUCAGUGGUGGGAGGGUCGGCUGGUGCAGACCAGGAAGUCAGGCUACUUCCCCAGCUCGUCUGUGAAGCCCUGUCCUGUGGAUGGAAGGCCGCCCGUCAGCCGGCCGCUGUCCCGGGAGAUGGAUUACACGGCGUACCCCUGGUUUGCCGGAAAUAUGGAGAGGCAGCAGACCGACAACCUGCUCAAGUCCCACGCCAGCGGGACCUACCUAAUCAGGGAGCGGCCGGCAGAGGCCGAGCGCUUUGCCAUAAGCAUCAAGUUCAACGACGAGGUGAAGCACAUCAAGGUGGUGGAGAAAGACAGCUGGGUCCACAUCACAGAAGCCAAGAAAUUUGAAAGCCUCUUGGAGCUGGUGGAGUACUACCAGUGCCACUCGCUCAAGGAGAGCUUCAAGCAGCUGGACACCACACUCAAGUACCCGUACAAGGCACGGGAACGCACAGCCUCUCGGGCCUCCAGCCGCUCCCCAGCUUCCUGCGCUUCCUACAACUUUUCUUUUCUCAGUCCUCAGGGCCUCGGCCUUGCUUCUCAGGGCUCCUCAGCGCCCUUCUGGUCAGCAGUGUUUACACCCCGUGUCAUCGGCACGGCUGUGGCCAGGUACAACUUCGCUGCCCGCGACCUGCGGGAGCUCUCGCUGCGGGAAGGUGACGUGGUGAAGAUAUACAGCCGCAUUGGCGGGGACCAGGGCUGGUGGAAGGGCGAGACCAACGGCCGGAUUGGCUGGUUUCCUUCAACAUACGUAGAAGAGGAGGGAGUCCAGUGACAGCGAGACCACAGACGGGGCUCGCGGGUCUUCUUGGAAGAGUUGCUCCAGUGAUGAAGUCUGUCUCGAGCUCUGCCACUCAAGAGGGAAGAUGCCUGCCGACCUUGCAGUCUUCGCCAGCCCGUGGGGAUGGGGAGGGGGUUCAGAGUCCUACAUGUGAUCUGUCCUGCCAUCGGUCUUCCCCUGGUAGCCUGUCCUGGGUACACGCUGCUUGUACAUAGAGGAAAUCUGGGCCAGCCCUGGGUGCCCAGGAGAGGGAGUGCCCAUGGGUGGCACCCUGAGCCCGGCUCUGGGUGACAGCUGAGGCCAGAGCUCACCUUGCCCCUGUCCUGUCAAGAUGGCCUGCAGGAGCCUGGGCUUGAAAAGCAGGUGCCGUCCAGGGAGGGCUGGGCGCCGUGGAGGGGGCCUGCCCCUGGCCCCUUCCGUUCAGCCUCUGGACCCUCAGCCCUCCUGCAUCCCGCUGCUCCCAGGGGGAGGCUUCAGGCCUUGAGAGGCAGAGGGGCCAGAGUAGGCCGCUGUGCCUGGGGACAGAAGGGGGCAUCGCCAGGGCCUGUGCAGCCCCUCAGACUCCCCCGUCCCUCUGCUCUGGGGGUGUGCAGAGACCCCCAAGGAGGCCCCCCGCUCUCAGGCGGGAGCCUGAGGAACGAUGAAGCUGCCAACCCUGCUCCCCAGUCAGAGGUACUGUCUGCCCGGAGUCCUCGGUGUGUCUGUCUGUCCUGCUGCCAGCUGGAUACGUGGUUUAGAAACGCUGAUGAGGGCGGGAAGCAAACGGAGUUUUCUGCUCGCUCGGGCUCUGCUGCUCACACUCCUCUCCAGAAGGACGCGCCCCCCACCCCCAGCUCCCGAGCAGGCGGGGGCCCUCUGCGUCUCCCACGUCCUGCCAGGUGGCCACUGAGAGUCUGCCCAAGCUUUGCACACACGUUGCUUCUAGCCCUUGGCAAGUCUUCCAGGACUCCUGCAGCCCAUGAAACAGGGCCUGUGGCCAGCCCUUAGUAAGUGCUCUUGGUGGGUGGACUCCCCUCCUCACUCCUCCUGGCCCUUGACCUCUGGCUGGCUUGGCCAGUCCCCGUUCUGUCCACUCAGUUGUUGCGUGAGUCCCAGCGACGCUGUCUCCUCCCAGCGCUGUGCCAAAGCUGCCGCUGCGACCUGGGCUUCGUGGGUCCCCCUUUCCCAGGGCUCAGGUGCACAUGGUCAGCCGUCGCUGAGG